AUGGAUCUCAAGGAUCUGUCCAGCAACUGGAAGAAGCUGCAACAGAAGCUACAAGGCGGCAGCUCCAAGAAAGAAACAAAAGACAAGAAGCCAAUCCUCAGCCGGAAGAACCCCAAAGAGGACUCCUACAAGGUCACCAAGCGCGCGAAGCCCACCGCAACAAAAUCGAAAGACCCGUCCAAAAAGCGCAAGAUGGGCUCCCUCCUCUCCACCACACAGGACUCGUCCAAGCCCUCAUCCUCCACCGCCCCACCCUCCGCCACCCUCGCCCUCUUCGCCGAAGACCACGGCAUCCCCGUCGCCGACGUCGCCGCCGCGUACAACCUGCCCUCGCGCUCAACUACAACCCUUCCGAGCACCACGACGAACCCGUCGGACGUGCCCAACGCCGGACUCACCCAAAACAUCACGCCGGGCAAAUACGUGGCGCUGGACUGCGAGAUGGUCGGGGUGGGGCCGACGCCGGACCAGGACUCGCAGCUGGCGCGCGCCUCCGUCGUCGACUACCACGGCGCGCAGCUGUACGACUCGUACGUGCUGCCGCAGCUGCCCGUCACCGACUACCGCACCGCCGUCUCGGGCAUAACUCCCGCGCUGCUGCGACCGGGUUACGCGCGGCCGUUCGCCGAGGUGCAACGCGACGUCGCGGAAUUGCUCGAGGGCCGCAUACUCGUCGGACAUGCGAUUAAGAAUGAUUUGGACGCGUUAAUGCUGUCGCAUUCGAAGCGCGAUAUCAGGGACACUUCGCGCCACCCGGCGUUUCGGAAGUUGAGUAUGGGUAAGGCGCCUGCGUUGAAGAAGCUGGCGAAGGAGUACCUUGGGGUUGAGAUUCAGGGCGGCGAGCACUCUAGUGUGGAGGAUGCGCGGGCGACGAUGCUGCUGUUUCGGAAGGAGAAGGAUGCGUUUGAGGCGGAGCAUGCGAAGAAGUGGGGAAGGCCCAAUGCAGACGGUGGAGGGAGUUCUGGGAAGAAGAAAAAGAAGAAGGGGAAGAAAUGA